AUGGUUGGUGACUUUAAUGCUAUUAUGGAGUUGGUUGAGAAGUGUGGGGGUACUACGAGACUGGAGCCUUCGGCCUUCUUGUUGCAAGAGCACAUUGUUGUCUUAAACUUUGUGGACGUCAAACCCAAUAAUGGUCAAUUUACUUGGAACAAUUGGAGGACUGGGGAGUUUAGUAUAGCUAAGCGCUUGGAUCAGUUUUUGGUUUCCUGCUUCUGGGAAGAUGUUCCUAGCUACCCUCUGGUGGGAAAAGGAUCAGUGAUUUGGGGAACUCUCAAGAAAGGGGUUGCCUUGAUUAAGUAUUCUAAUUUGAUGACCCUUUGCCAGCGGUUCCUGGAGGUGGGGUGGUCAAGGGUGAGUGAUUUUAAAUUAUUAUACCCAUGUGGGCAAAUGGAAGUCGCCAGAUGGAAAGCCCCGAAUGAGUGGCUAGCAGUUGGUUUUGAUGAGGACUAUGUUGAGCUCCAUAAUAUAUUAUCAGGUAGACAUUGUAGUUCCCUUAAGGAAAAAGAUGGCCUUGCUUGGCUUUUGAAUCCUAAGGGAGUUUAUACGAUUGCAAGUAAUUAUCAUGAACUGUUGGCUGACAAUGUGGAGGAUAUUAAUAAAGAGGCGGUUGAGUUCUUUCUAGCAUUGCUAUCCAAGGAUAACAGAUACAAUCUGGAGCACCAACAAAAUGGUUUAAGUGUUAUCUCGAAGCUGAUAACAGCUGCGCAAAAUCAGGCACUGAUGAAACCCAUUCAAUUUGAGGAUGUUCGAAGUGCGGUUUUCAGUAUGGAAGGUGAAAAAGCACCAGGACCGGAUGGUUUCCCGACCUUUUUCUACCAAAAUUUUUGGGAGAUUGUAGGAAAUGAAGUUUGGGCAGUAGUGGAGGAAUCUCGAGGCAGGGCGAGUGUUGCAAAGGAGCUUAACUGCAGACUAAUUGCCCUUAUACCCAAGGUGGAGCACCCUGCUAAUUUUAAUGAAUUCAGGUCUUGCAGAGGUUUGGCUUCUCCAAAUAAUGGAUUAGCUGGAUACAGGCUUGUAUAG